GGAUGUCCCAUUCAAACAACCUUUUCGUCUUUAGCUUUGCCUUGUUAGAUGUUAAUGGCCAAAAUAUCUUGUCAAGUGCAGGAAACCACACAGUUGCACUUGUUGUUGGAAAUGAAGACUAUCAACAGCUUAAAGUGUCRCUGGCCAAUGUAACAAGGGAUGUUAAUAACCUUAUUAAAGAGGGGAGCAUAACUGUCGAAGAAAGGAAAUUUAAUUUGGAAUUCUUYCUUGGUGGUGAUUACAAGUUUCUUUUUAAUGCAAUGGGGAUGAAAGCUGCCACUUCUGACAACAGCUGCAUCUGGUGUAAGAUGCACAAGAAUGAAAGCUUCGAAAUGAAGAGAAAACUGGGCAAGGAAUGGCAUAAGCAACCUGGUUGCCAUAGUUCACCACUGUUCAAUGUCGACAUUGAUCACAUAGUCAUUCAGUACUAG